CCUUUGUCACUCGGUCACGUGACUACAUCUGGCGUUUCCGGACGUAUGCUGUAAUACAAGAACGAUGUCUUAUUACUAAAACGUGAUUAUCUCUUGUGACUCUGAACAGCCCGCGGUCCACAGGUUGAUAAGUUACGUUUUCGUAACAAAUUUAACGUUUAUCAAACUGUGGUCCUCGGACUCUUCGCAGUCCGAAAAGUUCUCCGGAAAUACGUCAGAGAUGUUACGUGACCGAUUGACGUCGAAGAUACAACACGUGACACAUUUUGUACGUCUCCGCCGUGCUGCUCCACGACGAAAACGUGUUUAAGCAAUGGCGACCCAAAAUAUGCAGAGUCGGAUGGAUCUUCAGAUUGAUGCAAGUUCUUAUUGUGACGAAGAAUUGAAUUUUAUGAAGGUUUCUUCUUUUUUAAUUUCUGGAGACAUUAAGAAAUUUUACUUUUUGUUAAUUGAUAUAUUACCUAAACUGACACCAUGCCCACAGACUGCUGAAGAAUUGUUUUUAUUGUUGAAACUAAAACCUGCCAAAAUGUAUAGCUUAUUGAAGGAAUUAUUAUUUUAUACAAAAAAGUAUAAGCUAUUGAGAUAUUUAAACACAUGUUGUCAUCAGAUGAAAGUGAAUUUGAAAAAUGGCUCAUGUUUCAUUAAUUCAGGAAGGUUGCUGAUAUUUAAUUUAUGUGAAGCUCUUAAAGAUUCGGAAGUGGCAGUUCUGAAAACUUUAUUGGACAAGACUGAAAUUCCACACAGUCCCGAAUGGGAUGGCAUUGCUGCCGAAGAAUUUUUUGGCGUCUAUCUCAGAGACAUAACCGAAAAGAAAAUUACAGAUUUGCAAAAUGCUUUAUCCAUCAUUAAAUACAAAGAUAUUGAGAUAUUUGAAGAAGGAUUCAGAUACUAUUUUGAAAAACCAUUUCCUAUAACACAACCAUCAGUUGGGAAUCCUUGUGGUCUUGCUGUAAUCUUUAAUUUUGAAAAUUUUGAUAAGCCGGCAGCAAUGUGCGAUUCUAAAAAGCUAAAGUUACGAAAAAGUCACUUAGAUACAAGGACUGGUACAAAAAUAGACGAAAAAACACUGAUUGAUCUGUGGCACAAGUAUGGAUUUGACGUAUUGGUGUUUAGAGAUCUGUCUUCUACGGAGAUGAUAGAAGUAAUUGAAAGAUUUAAGGAAUUUCAUUAUGAAAACUACAAUGUUUUUAUAACUUGUAUUUUAACACAUGGAGGAAGAAACAGUAACACGAUUUAUACAUCGGAUAACAUUCCUCUGGAUGUAUACGGAGACGUUGCCUAUAACAUAUGCACCGAAGUUCUUCAAGAAAAACCAAAACUACUGUUUAUUCAAGCCUGCCGAGAAAAUAUAGAUAUUAAUGGAAAUCUACCACAAAUCAAACGCACCGUGGAUCGUGGUUGGUGAACGAACUGAAAAAUGUAUUGGAGGAAAAUAAUGUCUCCACCAAAGACCUAUGGAAACUGAUGAACAGAGUCAUCAACAACAUUAUAGAACAGAGAAAUGAAAAGUCGGGACCUAUACCUGAAUUAAGAAGUACAGUAAUGCGUCCUCUUUAUUUGAAACAAUUGAAGAAUUCCUGUCCCGUUCAAAAACUGACAGCUAUUAAUGCAGAGAACUGUCCAUCAUUAUUCCAACUUAUUACAAGCUUUUCGGUCCUACCAGAUGUUUAUUUAGUGUAAAAUUCUUGCUCGUUAAAUACUAUUCACAAAAAUACCCGUGAUCAAAAAGUUUCAGUAAAACGCAAAAUUUUAAUUUAUUCAUCAAAAUUCAUUUUAUCUGCUUAAAAAAGUAAUCGCCUCCCAUUGCAAUGAACUUGUGCCAAUACUAUUGCCAAUUCUCAAAACAUACAUUAAAAUCAUUUUCGUGAAACCCCUUUGGGACUAGCAACGAAUUUUGUUUUAUGGCAUCAAUCAGCUCAAAAUAGUGACCACCAAGCGGAAAUUUUAAUCGAGGAAAUGGAAAAACGUAACAUGCUGCAAUAUCAAGUGGAUGCAGAGCUUGUAUUUGUUUGAAUUUUUGGCCAAAAAUUCAAGAAUGUAAGAGCAUUGUGAGCAGGUGUGUUAUCCUUGUGCAAAAUCUGCAAGUUUUCUUGCCACAAAUCAAGUCAUUUUCUACAAAUUGCUUCAUGCAAAUGAUGCAAAAUGCUCAAAUAAUCAAUCUUUGUCGAGAGUUUGGCCAGUCGGAAUGAAUUCGUGAUGCACAAUACCUCAACAAUUGAAGAAAACAUUUAACACGACCUUGAUUUUUGACUGGCUUCGACAUGGUCUGUUCGGUCUCGAUUCACCUUUCCAGUGUCAUUCAAUCGAUUGUUGAACCGUUUUGGUGUCAAGAGCAUUGAUCCAAGUUUUGUUACCCGUAAUGAUAAGAGCGAUUUGCCUCAAGAAAGCAUUUCCUUGGCCUCUCGAACAUUUGUUUUUGGAAAAAAGAAAUCAACAUUUUGGGAUUACUGGAGAGGAGAUGCACCGCAAGCUUAAAUGAUCUUUCAAAAUUGCUUAACAAGGCCCAAAUGAUACCAGAAUACAUUCAACAAUGUCCCUAUUUUGAAGUGGAUUUACCAAAGCAUGAUUCUUUCUCUGCCUUCCUCGAACAUCUUGUACCACUCGAAAACUUUUAUUUUUUUAUAGACAUUUCCAAAACUUUUUGAUCACAGUAGUUUACUUAUUUAAGUAGACAACAUAACUUUUGACAUUCUGAACUAAAGUUUGUCUUGUUGAUUUUAUACAUCAACUUGGUGCCAAUUUUUAUUUCAUUAAUUAAUUGUUACAUUAUGCAUGCUUUUUUUGUGUAUAAAUUUAACAACGUUUUGAAAUAUGAUAUGAUCAUAGGCAAUUUUUAUAAAUUCUCAUUUAAAUAAAGCGCAAUCACGAGAGCUUAUGAUUCCAAACUAAAAUGUCGGCAUUACAGAAUAUGGUUUAAUCAUUGAUCACAAGCCAUACAAGUAUCACGUCUCACAAAAAAGCUGUAGGAGGAAAAACAAUAAUUGCAAGAUUAUUAUGAAUAUUCUUUUCCAUAAGAAGGAAUUAGAAUAGAAUUCUUGAAAUAUCUUGUUGGAAUCAAUCAUGAAUUGCAUAUCACCCAACAAUUACAGUAUCUUCAGCAAAUGUGUAGUAGUACUCAUUCUAACGUAUUAUGCACAUCAAGGAUUAAUUUUCUUUCCAGUUCCGAAGAAAAACAAGUUCUGUAUUCUCUCUAGAAAAUAAAAUCUAUUCUCAAUUUCAACAGAAUAAUAGACUAAUGUGAGACUAAAAGAUAUUUUUUGCAAUUCAAUUAAUGUAGCUAAGUGGGAAUUCAUCUUGUAUGACAAUUUGUUAAAUUAUGAAAUAUAAAUAAAACUAUUUUUUAAAAA